AACUAAACAUAGCCUUGGAAAGUUGGAACCAAGAUGACCCCUUCUCAAAUGAGCUCUUACCAGAUUAUCCUUGAGAAACAACAAUCCAUCUAUGAACUUCCAUACUCUUUCCGUUUUUACUGUCCAUUUCAAUUACAAUUUACAAGCAAUAAAUCCCCUUAAUUUUUGGUGGGUGAUGCUAAUAUUAUCGUUGCUAAACAGAGCAAAAAGCAAUACUGAUGACAAGAAUGAAAGUAGACUGAUACUACUGGCAGAAUCAGGGAGUUAAGUUGUCAUGCAGCUGUUGCAUUAUCUUCCCUGAAGGCACUCUGGGAGAAUGUGCCACCUUCUUGGAAUGGUUUUCUUGAUCCUUGUGGCAAUCACUGGGAAGGAAUUGUCUGCAAUAAUUCGAGAGUGAUUUCUAUAACUUUAUCAAGCAUGCAACUAGAGGGCAAAUUGUCAGGAGAUAUCCAACAAUUAUCUGAACUACAAACUCUAGACUUAUCGUAUAACAAGGGACUGACCAGUUCUCUUCCUGAAGCAAUUGGGAAAUUAGCAAAGCUCACAAACCUGAUCCUAAUUGACUGCAACUUCAUCGGCAAAAUUCCAGACAGCAUAGGAUCUCUGUCAGAGCUGAGAUUUUUAUCGUUGAAUUCUAAUGGUUUCAGCGGAACAAUACCGAGAUCAAUUGGGAGUCUUUCUAAGAUCUAUUGGCUGGAUCUAGCUGAGAACAAGCUUACUGGAACAUUACCUGUCUCUAACGGGACUGAACCUGGUCUGGAUUUGCUGCAUGAUUGCAAGCAUUUUCACUUUGGAAGAAAUCAACUCUCUGGUUCAAUUCCACCUCGGCUGCUCCAUGAAAAUAUGACUCUUAUUCAUAUGCUUUUGGAUAAUAAUCAGCUUAGCGGCAACAUACCGUCGACAAUAGGUCUAGUGAAAUCAAUGGAGGUGCUACGAUUGGAUUGGAAUUCGUUCAGUGGGUCUGUCCCUUCAAAUAUUAGCAAUCUUACUAAUGUUACCGAUAUGCUUUUAUCCAACAACCAACUCACCGGCCCAAUGCCUGACCUUACUGGCAUGAACCUUCUUAGUUACUUGGACAUGAGUAACAAUAGUUUUGACAUCUCAGACAUUCCAUCAUGGUUCACAGCCUUGCCGUCUUUGACUAAUUUAAUGAUGGAAAAUACUCAUCUUGAGGGUGAAGUUCCAGAAAUGUUAUUCAGCCUACCCCAGUUACAAAAAGUGGUAUUUAAGAAGAACAGACUCAGUGGCGUAUUAGACAUUGGUGCUGCCCGCAGCUCACAACUUCGUGUGGUUGAUCUUCAAAACAACAAUAUUUCUUCGUACACUCAGAGUCCCGGGAAUGAUAUUGUCCAAAUCAUUCUUGUAGAAAAUCCAUUCUGUGCGGACACAGUCACGGUGCAUAAAAACUGUAUUCUUCCUCAACAGCCCAAAGUCUCAUAUUCAACCCCACUAAAUUGUGGCCCUCUUGAUUGUGAUUCAGAUAAAGUUUCCAGCCCUAAUUGCCACUGUGCCUAUCCGUACACUGGAAUUUUCACAUUUAGGGCCCCUCAAUUUUCCGACUUGGAAAACACCACAUACUAUAGAGACUUGGAGAAAAAACUAAUGAGAACCUUUAACUCCGAGAAAGCCCCUGUUGAUUCGGUGUCUCUCAGUAAUAUAAGCAGAUCUUCUUCAAAUUACCUUGAAAUGACCUUACAAGUUUUCCCUCGUGAUCAUGAUCGAUUCAAUAGGACAGCGAUACUUACUCUAGGCUUUCUGCUAAGCAACCAGACUUUUAAACCACCAUCAGAUUAUGGACCGUAUUAUUUCACUGCUAAUGACUAUACAACCUUUGCAGAGCAACCUGUACAUGGAUCAAAAUGGACACUGAGCAAGACUGCUAUCAUUGCAAUUGCCGCUGGAGGGUCUGCACUGCUCAUACUAUUGUGUGCUGGAGUUGCCUUUUGUUGUCAUAAGAAGAGACCUGCCAAAACUGUGGAGCCAGUUAUUCCUUUAGCUGCAUCCUGGAUGUCUCCCGGAAGCACCACUAGCACUUUGCCUCUGGCAGGAUCAAGGGUGUUUUCACUUGAAGAUAUAAAAAAGAUGACCAAUAUUUUCUCAGAAUCAAAUAUCAUUGGGUCAGGGACCUACGGGAAGGUUUACAGGGGUGCACUGACUAAUGGCCAGCUAGUUGCUGUUAAAAGAGCUGAACAAGGUUCACCACAGGGUGACCUUGAAUUUAGAACUGAAGUAGAACUUCUCUCAAGAGUUCAUCACAAGAACCUUGUUAGACUUUUCGGUUUCUGUUUGGAGAAAGGAGAACUUAUAUUGAUCUACGAGUAUGUGCCAAACGGCACCUUAAAAGAGAGUCUCUCAGGCAAGUCAGGAAUAAGGUUAGACUGGAGGAGGAGAAUCAAGGUAGCUGUUGGCGCAGCAAGAGGUUUGGCUUAUUUGCAUGAACUUGCCACCCCACCAAUCAUACAUAGGGAUAUCAAGUCGAACAACAUCUUGCUUGAUGAAAACUUGAAUGCAAAAGUUUCAGAUUUUGGUCUAUCUAAGCCACUGAUUGAUGUUGGAAAGGGUCAUAUCACUACUGAAGUGAAGGGUACAAUGGGAUACUUGGAUCCUGAAUAUUACAUGACUCAAAAGUUAAACGAGAAGAGUGAUGUAUACAGCUUUGGAGUGCUAAUGUUGGAGCUCAUAACUGGUAAGGCUCCAAUUGAUAGAGGACGAUACAUUGUGAGAGAAAUGAGGAAUGUCAUUGAUAGAACACAAGACCUAUAUGGUCUUCAUGAGUUUAUGGACCCAGGCAUUGGUCUUGGAACCACAUUGAAGGGGUUCGAGAAGUAUGUCGAUUUGGCUCUCUGUUGUGUCGGAGAAUCAGGAAUUGAUCGCCCUGUCAUGGGGGAGGUUGUAAAAGAGCUCGAAGAAAUACUACAAAUGGCUGGUUUAAAUCCUUAUAGUGAUUCAGCUACCAGUUCUGGGACAUUUGCUCGUCGGAACACUCGGGAUCUUUACGAUGAUGAGUCUCUUUACAGUUAUAGUGGACAAUUCCCACGUUGAUGGUCACUUAAAUGUUAUUAUUGAGCCUUGUAAGAAUCUUGUGCAUAUGUGGUGAACUGUAUGUAACUAAUGUAAGUGAUUCAGAAUAUGUUUUUACUCUAAUUGCUAAUCUUGUGUUUUCUGAUCACCUGUUGAAAGUUUUCUGAGGAUCACAUUGAUUUGAGGUAAUUGGUUAACGCAUAUACUUUCUCUGUUAAUUUAUACAUACAAUAGAUUUUCAC